AAUUUUCACCUCUCGCUGCCGAUAAGUAUCUAACAGGAAUCGUAGUACGAAGCAACUUCCCGAUAUUUCACACCAACCCCUGAAUCGCCUCUCCAUCCCUCUGAGAUCCAACUCUUCCUAUCACAAGUCGAUGGCCAGGUUCGCACGCCUUCAUGGAUGGCAAUGCUAUUGGCCGGUGGUGUUGCCGGCAUAGGCGAGUCUCACUGAGAUCAAAGAUGGUGCCACUCAUUGUAUAUUGCUUUUUAGCCGGCUGGGUGACAACUUUUCCCCUUGAUGUUGUCAAGACCCGCAUGCAAAGCACCGAAAGUUCAUAUAGAAAUUCGAUAUCAAAACCGAAUGCUAGAUCAAGCCCCGACUCUCCUCUGCUACCGCCUUCCCCAAAUCGAUAUCGGACCGUGUGGUCCACCAUAGUUGUGUCCUAUCAGGCCGAAGGACUGGCAGUGUUCUUUCGAGGAUUGGCGCCGACUCUUAUUCGUGCUGUACCAGUGAAUAUGGCGACCUUUGCCACAUUCGAGGCAGUUAUACAUGGGUUCUCGAAUCAAAUCACGUGUAUUACUUGUUAUCUUGUCAACUACUCUAGCGCACAUCUGCAUUCUUAUUCGCGACAUUCCUCUGGUAAACAGUCAUCAGCCAACCGCGCUUGCUGAUAUGGGCCGAAGUCUUAUGAUCAAAUGCGAAGAAUUUCCACGAAGUACUGCAUCGGUAUGUUGUACUUAUUGGGACCGCGUUCACACGGAUGCCCUGGAAGCCUUUU